AUGACCUCCACAGAGUCGAUUCAUUCGAGCGUCUUAAAUUAUAGGAAAGAGAAUGGGAGGCAAUACCAUGGAUACAAGGAUGGAAAUUGGGAUUCUAACGAAACUUUAGACCUGCAACAUCACAUGUUCCUGUUAACGUUUGGGGCCAAAUUGUUUACUGCACCAAUUCCCAAAGAUCAGCAAUUGCAUCGCGUGCUUGACGUGGGAACAGGUACUGGGAUCUGGGCGAUGGAUUUUGGUGAGGACUUACUUCCAACCCAUUGCUUUGCUAACAGGUAUACAGCCGAUGAAUACCCCCAAACACAGGUAAUCGGAGUUGAUUUGAGCCCGACACAGCCAAGUUAUGUUCCGCCAAAUUUGAAAUUCGAGAUUGACGACAUUGAAGAACCUUGGACUUUCACUACAAGGAAUCUCAAUCCCGGUGGGUGGAUUGAAGCCGCGGACAUAUGCGUUCCACACAGGUCCGACGAUGGUACUUUACCACUCAACUCUACGACCUACAAGUGGGGUGCUCUUUGUAUUGAGUCUGCCCAGAAUCUAGGUCGUCCGAUAGACAGUGCGAAGGUGGUUUGGAAAUGGCCGACAAAUCGAUGGCCCAAAGAUCGCGAGAUGAAGGAGCUGGGGAUGUGGUAUCAUGAAAAUGUUACUAGAAAUUUAUAUGGUCUUAGCGUCGCGCAUUUCACCCGUGGUUUGGGUUGGUCUUUGGCGGAAUUGGAGCUUUUUUUGGUGGAUAUUAGGAAGGAAAUAAGUGAUACGAAGAUUCAUACUUGGGUGCCGAUGCAAAUAUCUCUUCAAAGGACGCGAUAAGUGCUG